AUGACUUCAACAAGGGUCAACACCAAUGACAUGCAUACGCGUUCUGUUGCGGUUCAUAGAUUCUCCUCCCCACCCAAACCUCACCAAUUGCGCCAAAAUGUUCCCGCGAACGAGAUGGAGGAUAGACUGUCGGCAGAACCAGCGUACUUCCCCAAAAAUUUCCAGGACGUCGAGUCCAAUGAGACCAGUGCAAAGAAGAGGCAGAAGACAGCUCUCGCCCUUACGAGUCCAGUCCUGGAAGAUACUACCGGGUCCAAGAAAGAUCACGGUCAGAUGCCAAAACCCAACGAUGCGGAUGACGAGUCAGAGAUGGAAGGAGAGAAAAGAUACUGGAAGAUGAAGGCAAAGAACGAAUGCCGCGACACGAAUUUAACGCUAUACUUCCGACCCGAUGCACGGAAAGUGAACGGAAAAUGUCGCCCGCAAGAUAGAAAUCCUGCUAAGGUACAUUCAAGGUCUAAUAAGCUGCGUGAGACUAACUGUUUACUGGCAGGCAUCUCCUCCCAAGUUUCCGUCACUUACGAUUUUCUCUGUAUUCAUUAUCCAUUAUAUUCGAGCAAGUGGACGCAUAGGGGCACGGUGAAUUCUGCGUUAUCCAUAUGCGUGGAUGCGUUGCCUUGCGUUAUCGCUCCUGCGUUUGCGUUUGCGUUCGAACGCAUGCGUUUCCUAAAUAAUCUUGCCUCAAAAAAUUUCAUGGGUAUCCUCGCACCUGGCUGCUGGAAGCGGAUUCCGAUUCCAAGGAUUUUUGACAAAGAGGAGCUGGAGCAGUGGCAUAAGAUGGAACAAGAGAAGGAGGAGGAAAGAGAACGAGUGCAAAAAGCCACACAUCCAUGA